AUCACCGGGGAUUUACAUUCAUUCAGCACAAAUCGAGAAAUUUAUAUUAAUGGCUAACAGCAUUCCUAAAUUUAAAAAAAAUGCUCCACAUUAUAAUCACUUACCCUACAUACUCGGUAAAACGUUUGAAAAACCUAGUGAUAUGACUGCUAAGGAUUAUUAUUUUGAUUCCUAUGCUCAUUUUGGUAUUCAUGAAGAAAUGUUAAAGGAUGAAGUUCGAACUUUUACAUAUAGAGAUGCCAUAUUAUACAAUAAACAUCUGUUCAAAGAUUCAAUAGUGAUGGAUGUAGGCUGUGGAACUGGUAUACUUUCAAUGUUUGCUGCUCAAGCUGGUGCCAAAAAAGUUUAUGCAAUUGAUUGUUCAAGUAUUGUUAAUUAUGCUGAACAAAUAACCAAAGAUAAUAAUCUAGCUCACAUUAUAACUGUUGUAAAAGGCAGAGUUGAAGAAGUUGAAAUUCCUGAUCUUGACAAAGUUGACAUUAUUAUUAGUGAAUGGAUGGGGUAUUGUUUAUUCUAUGAAUCAAUGUUACCAACAGUUUUGUUUGCUAGGGAUAAAUGGCUGAAACCAGAUGGUGCUAUAUUCCCAGAUAAAGCAUUCCUUUUUAUAUCAGCACUUCAGGACAAACAAUACAAGGAACAAAAAAUUGAUUGGUGGGAAAAUGUUUAUGGUUUUGAUAUGAGCUGUAUCAGGGAUGUAGCAUUAAUGGAACCAAUUGUUGAUGUCAUGGAUGCAAGGCAGUUGGUCACUAUUCCCUAUUUACUCAAAGAAAUAGAUUUGUACACUAUCAAAAUUGAAGAUUUAAAUUUCUCAGCGCCAUUUUUCCUUAGGGCUAAAAGAAACGACUAUAUUCAUGGGCUUGUCACUUAUUUUACCGUGGAAUUUUCAAAAUCCCAUACAAAAAUUAUAUUAUCGACAGCCCCAGAGGAAGAAUAUACUCAUUGGAAACAAACUAUUUUCUACGUCGAUGACCUGACUAUAAAUCGUGGUGAAGAAUUAUAUGGGGUUUUUAGCCUUAAAGCGAACGAUAAAAACGAGAGAGAUUUGGAUAUAGAAAUAUCGUUAAACUUUCAAGGACAGCAUUCCCUAUUGGAUAAAACGUUGACUUAUAAAAUGCAUUGAUUUAUUUUUAAAAAGAACGAAACUUCUUUUUCAUAUUUUUUUAGAUGUAAAAUAAAUAACAUCGACAUGUUAACCGAAGAAACAAUUAUUUUACUAAUUUUAUGACCAUAUUUUACACAAUUUAAAAAUUUUUUGUAUUAUUACAAAUUUAUAC